AUGUCUUUAAACAAGGAACCAUUAUUAGAGAAUUGUAGUUUUUCAUCAUCCGAAAUAAAUCUUAAUAAAAAUCGACGAUCAUCAAAACGUUUUCGACCAUUAAUUCAAUGUAAUCAUAUUGAUAAACAAAGCAAUGAACAAUGUACAGCUGAUGGUUUUAUGGAAUGUGUUCAUUGUGAUCAAAUUUGUUGUCUUAAUCAUAUAACACAACAUCAAGAUGAAUUAAAACAAAUACGAGAUAAUCUUGUUGAAGAAGCCAGUGAAACUUAUUUAACAUUGAGUGAAAUGCAAGUAACUGAUACUCGUGAACAACUUCAAUCAAAUUUAGCUUCAUGGAAAGAGCGAAUGUUACUUAAAAUUGAACGAAUUCAUGAAAAACUUUUAGAUGAUAUUGAACAAUCAUUUAUCAAAGUUAAUUCUGAUUUUGAAUCAAAAAAGAAAAAUCUCGUUAAUGAAUUUGAUGAAAAUAUUUCCACAAAACUCGAACGUCUUUCAACAAAAUGUGAUUUUUAUCCCCAUGAACUCGAUGAUUUAAAAUUAUCAUUAAAUGAAAUGUAUAUUCGUAUACACGAUGCACGUACAUCAAUAAUAAAUAUUGAUUUUGGUAAUGGAAAUCUCUGUUCGUUAAAUAAUAAUAAUUCAUUUGAAUAUGAUAAUAAUAUUGAAUCACCUAAAAUAAUUCUUCAAACAAAACCUAAUAUUGAACAUAUUCUUAAUGGAUCUUAUUUUCGACAAUUUCAUAUUGAAAUUGAUAAUACAUUAAAUUAUAUCCCACUUUUAUAUGAAACAUCAAAUAAACAUUUACUUGUUUGUAAUAAUGAAAGUCAUACAAUAGACUUAUAUGAUCAUGACGAACGUAUUGGUGGAGGUUUUUGGCCAAAAGAAUCAUCAAUAAUAACAUGUAUUAAAUGGUGUUCACAUUUAAAUACAUUUCUUGUUCUUUGUUCUCAAUCACUUUAUGCGUUAAACUGCUCUCACGAACCAUUUAACAUUUAUUCAAUUUCACAAAUAACCCCAAUUGAUGGUAUUCCAAUGAAAUAUUUAACUAUAAAUAAUGAUGUAAUGUUAAUUAAACAUAGUAAUGGUUCAUUUAUUGAUAAAUAUUCAUUAAAAACAAUGGAAUUAAUAAAACGUUGGACAAAAAAUGAUUUUUAUGUUGAUGAUGAAAAUACAAUUGAUAUAAAUCGAAUUGAAUUUUAUUCGAAUUCUUAUCUUGCAAUGAAUACUGAAAUCAAUGAUGAAAUGAAUGUUUUAGAUUUAUUUAUUUUUCCAACUAUUCAACAUAUACGAAGAUUAGAAAAUUCUUAUUUAAUUCUUUAUUUACCAUUAAAUAAUUAUUGGAUAAUUAAACAAAUCAAUGAAAAUAAUCAGAUAGAUUUAUGUCUUUUAGAUCAAAAUGGACAAAUUAAUCGUUUAAAUAUAAAUAAUAGUGAAAAUAUUAUUGGUAUUCGUUCAUUUGGAAAACAAGUCUUCUUAGUUACACGACAAAUGAAAAAUUCUAUUCAAAUGCAAUUGUUUCAUAUUGAUAAAUUCUAG